AUGGUGGUUUUCCUUGGUUUUCUGGCAGCAGCAAUCCAAGACACGCUCAAGAACAAGUGGCGGAGGGAAGCUGCUCGAGCGGUGGUGGUGAUGUAUCAACAAACAGAACAGAGAGAAGAGGAGAAUGUGGUUCGAACCACCGAGUACAGCAGCACCAACGGUGAUGAAGAAACACCUACUCAAGUCCCCGUCAACAGCUUUGUCAUCAAUAGCCAUGGCAGCAAGCUCGUCGACAUCCAUGGAAGGAUGUGGUGGGAAAGACCGGAGGGUGUAGGAAUGGAGAUUGCAGCAGCAACUCGGUGGAAAUAG